UCAAUUUAUUUUCAUUCAAGAAAGUCAAAACUCCUGUCCCUGAAUUGAUCAUACAGUUCCGGGAGGGCCACUAAAGGCAUCUCAGAUCAGUUAUCACGCUGGUUAUGGUGCAGUAACUAGCCCUCUGGAAAGUCUUUUGUCGUAUUCAUACCAGGACAGCUCAAAAGAUCUACCAAGCGACAUUGUAUCUUUGUAGGGUCUGGAGUCGGGACAGACUGACGUCUUAAUAGAGGGUUGGUGCACACGUGACCUCCGCAGUCUCUUGGUUUGGAAGCUGCGCGGAUCGAUCUUUUGCCCGCCGAGACGAGCUUCACCUCCAUCAUACACCUUUCUGCGCUUUCGAUUCUGCAUUUGCCCGGACAUUAUCGACUUUUUAUUCUUACUCUCAUGAUAUCGCGAUAGAACAGUAUUUAUCCCUCAUACCACCAUCAUGCGAUUGACCGUCGAACUUAUCCAAAACUCCCUCUCCUAUAUCAACCCGCUCAAGGAGCGCGAGCUGGAUCUCCGAGGGCAUAAGAUUCCGGCUAUCGAGAAUCUGGGUGUUGCAAAGGACCAAGAUGCUAUCGACUUCACGGAUAACGAUAUCUCCUCCCUUUCGAACUUUCCUUUCUUUCCCCGACUCCGCAGCCUGAUGCUGGCGCGCAACAGAGUCAGCCAGAUCCACCCAAGUUUGGCCUCUUCGAUACCGAAUCUAACGAACCUUGUCCUGACGUCGAACAAUAUGAACGAACUGGCCGACCUAGAUCCGCUUGGGAAGUUCACACGAUUGACGCAUUUGGUUCUACUGGAGAAUCCUGUCACGAGAAAAGAGCAUUACCGAUACUACGUCAUCUGGCGCAUUCCUUCCGUCCGCUUCCUGGACUAUCACAAGGUCAAGGAUGCUGAGCGCGCAAAAGCUGCUGAGCUGUUCGGAACCCAUGAAGAGCCUACGUCUCUUGCAUCCAAGAUCAUCGGCAUCAAGUCCCGCGCGUUCGAUGUUUCUGCGGCGGCACCAGGUGCGCCGAGCGAUAAGGCGAUCCGCGUGAAGUUGACGGAGAAAGAAAGGAAGCGCGUCGAGAAGAUGAUCCGUGAGGCCAAGAGCUUGCAGGAGAUCACGAGAUUGGAGAAGGAGCUGAACGAAGGUCGGAUACCCGGUGGCGCGCUGGGAGCUGAUGAAGAAGAUGAAGACAAGAUGCAGAUGUGACCUUCUAGCGUCCACUGUUAGCUGUCGUAUGGGAGGACAGGAAUGGGGGGUCCAUAAUCAGGGGUCUUUGCAUACUGGUCCGGAGGCCUUCUAUUUAGGGGCUGCCGGUUUUGCGAAAAGUACGAUACAAAAGCUCAUGUACUGAUCUACAGGCUGGUUUCGGUGUUUGUGGAGUUUGUUUUCAUAGUAUGUUUAUAUUUAAAUGGCAUUCUAAGAGAGGGCUGUUCUUUGCUUGUGGAAUCAUCCAGUGGCUAAGCCUCUGACAUCUACAUCAAUAAUAUGAGUAGUUGACUUAUAAACUGCUGUGUCGUGUGAUCUAGGAGAUCUUGUGGCUCUUGUAGCUGUCUUCCUCGGUCUAGCGCAAAGACUGUCCGAGUUCCAACCUGAGUCCAUCCUAGACCAGGCCGUGACAAACCUGCUAAAUCCGUGCAGCAGCCGACAUCAAGGAG